CCAAUAUACAUGCUUGACUUCCGUUGUAAGAAGAUCAUAAGAUCAUCUACCUACACCACUCAACGCUUUGUCUACUCAAACUUCCCAGACCCAGCCUGGUUACACGAUAACAAAACUUGAACUUGCCAAAAUGUGCGCUGAUGCCCUCGUUUGUCGAAACUCAUCCAGAGAUUACAGCAACCCCAGGCCGUUUGCACGAAGAGGCGGAAUAGCCAAGCGCGGAGAAGGCAGUCUAUCCACAACACCUAGCUAUUAUGAGAAAGAACUCAGGGCCUUUUACUACCAAACCAAGGCAUCGCAUGCAGCCAACAUAGAAACCGACACCGACGCAUACCCUCCCUCACCGCCACUAUCGCCGAAGACCACAGUAACGCCGCUCAGGGUGCGAAGAACACAACGUGUUGAACGCAAACGCGACCAUCCCUACCAACAACCUCCAUCGAACCGCAGGCCGAGCUGGCGCCCGAAUCUCAAGCAAGAGCUUUUACGCCGUAGCUCGAUCGACUCUAUCGUAGACCCUUUCAACGACGUAGGAUGGUUUGAGACAGACUGUCAAGUGUCGGCAACACGAAAGAGAUGCAGCACUGUUUCAUUAUCAGAUCAUGGCGAUGUCGAAAUGCCGAAGCCGCGACGGCAAUCAACACUGCUACAUCCAUCAUCGCCGGAUAUUGAGUCCUCCGGCGGUGUUGAUUCUUUCGAUGCUCCUUCGACCUCCAACGGUAUGCACGAACAGAACCAGUCAACCAAUCUUUCGACCCACCGAUCAGUUAUGGCUUCGAGGAAAGGCUCGUCAUUGUUGCAUCCAUCCAGUCCUGCCAGCGACAUUCCUUUGGGUGUUGAGCUAAAGACUGUCAUGUCUUUACCCCCAAAGUCCCUACGGGGAGAAGACCGCGCACAUUGAGGUUCACGCUCACCAAAAAACUUUGCUUUUGGAGCCAGACAUUACUGUUCUUCUUGUUGUCUCGAUUCUGUCAUUCAAGUGUUAUUCAAGGCGGCGGUGAUUGUAUAAAGCAUUCAUGGUUGCUAGUGUUAGACUAGCGUUCUUUUGGCUUGGUGUCCGCUUUCAACAUC